UAAGAGGACGAUGUGAAGAGAGGAAAAGAGAAAAGUGGUAAAGGAAAAGCAGGCACCGGACCAGACCACUAGAAAGACAGAGAGGAAGCGGGGGAGGCAGCCGCAGGGGGGAGAGAGAGAGAGAGAGUCUCUGUUUCCUCGCAACGCCGCUCCACACUUCAGAUCUCCGUUCGGCAGGUCCUCCUGCCUUCUCUUCUGGCCCCCAUCUUCCUCACCGGAUUACCACCCUCUCCUGCUCGCCCUCCCCCCUGCGCCGUUCCAGCAGCUUCCAUUACGCUUACCCACAUGGUUGCUGGCAAAAUAUCCAGUGAUUCUGGCGGCUGAAGCUGAAGCCCGAGUCGUCCUGCUAAAUCCGAUCUUUGUUUGUUGCUUCUCGGUGCCACUCAAUCGACGGAUCUAACACUUAGAGUAAGAGUUUCAGGUUAUUUGGUACGUGGGGGAAAACUUGUUUCCAAAAUCGCAGAAGAGAUGUAUAAGAACCAGCUGCAGGAGUUGGCACAGAGGAGCUGCUUCAACCUCCCCUCCUAUACCUGCAUACGGGAGGGUCCAGAUCAUGCCCCCAGGUUCAAGGCCACCGUUAACUUCAACGGCGAGGUGUUCGAGAGCCCAAACUAUUGCACAACCCUCAGGCAGGCGGAGCAUGCGGCGGCGGAGGUAGCGCUGAACACUCUCUCCAACAGGGGCCCCUCCCAAGCUCUGGCUGCAAGGAUUCUGGAUGAGACGGGUGUGUACAAGAACCUGCUGCAGGAGAUCGCUCAGAGAGCUGGGGCUGCACUUCCCGUGUAUACGACCGUCCAUUCCGGCCUGGGUCAUCUCCCCGUGUUCACUUGCACGGUAGAACUGGCGGGGAUCUCGUUCACAGGGGAGCCGGCUAAGAACAAAAAACAGGCGGAAAAGAACGCGGCGAUGGCUGCCUGGUCUUCACUUAAGCAAUUGGCAAAACAAGUAGCGGCAAGCUCGUCUGAGACCGAAAGCAACGACGAACAGGAGCAGAUCACCAUAGCUAGAGCUUUGGUGAACUAUCGCCUCAAAGAGAUGACGUUACCGUCGAAGGGCGUGCCAACAAUGCCAAGGAGACCUGCAUCCCUUGAGCGAAAGCGGCUCCUCGCACCACUGGCAGAAUCAAAGAUCCUCCCCCUCAUUCCAUCAAAGCCCGCUGGCCCACGAAACAGGGUACUCACUACGGCGGCAGACUGUAGCCAAUUGCCUCAGCCCAAGGUAUCACCGUCAUUCUCAGGGCCACCGCCGUUCCAUGGCAUUAGGCACGUCAGGUACCCAACUCCACGAUUGCCUUAUCUGCCGUAUAGGGCUGCGUAUCAUGGAUCGCCUUCCAUGGCACCGCCAGUGACAAUCCGGAACGCAGUUCCUGUCUUCUCCGCAAUGCCACUCCCACCGCCGAUGUGUCGCCCCCCUCAAGUGGUAGCCCCGCCGGUUCAGAUAAGGCCAGUGGUGCGCGUGUUCGCUGCUCCACCGCCACCUCCACGUCCUUCACCAUCGUCGCCAUCACAAGUAGCGGCCUCGGCGCCCACGCCGUCGCUGCGUGCCACACAGCCAGCAGCAUCACCGCGUCCAAUACAACCAGCAGCAUCACCGCCAACGGCAGCACAACAGGAGCACCAUAAAGAAGUUAACACCAUUGAUCGGCAGAUAGAAAUAGCUGCAAUGGAGAGUUUGAAGCAGCUGGAGCUUUGAUCUGCAACAGCGCAAGAUGCGAUUAACGACACUGAAAAUUUGUGUCUGUUUCACCUUUCCUGCUUUCUCAAAGAUUUUGAAAGAGGAAAAAGAGGGGGAGAGAGAGAGAGGGAGGGAGAGAGAAGGAAACGAUGAGUCCGAUAGAGUCUUAGACCCACGAUAUACAUUUUUUUCCAUAUCAAAGUAGAGGACAAAAGAAAGUUUGGAAAUAAAUUGUUGGAAGAACAAAAA